CAGCUUCGCCUACUGGUGGCCGCCCGUCAAAACAUCCGACGGCCGUCAGGUCGGCGGCUACCACCUCGUCGGUAGGUCUCCCCCCCCCCCUCAUGUGAACGGAACAUUUCUGUACUCGCUGCAUGCACCGAUUGAUUGUGACCAAAUCAGGCACCCUGAAUCAGCUUGAGCAGCUGCCGGACGUCAAAAACGACUUCUGGUGGUUCUUCGUCGUCUAUGAGAUUGUCGAGCAGCUGGUCGAUCCCGCAGUGCAAGAGAAAUGAGCUGUCGAGAUGAAGGAGCUGCCGAAAUAUCUGGAAGAACGGCAAAAGGUGGCACAAAGCCCUUGAACACGCUGUCAAGCGCCGUUGUCGGCCUUCUCGACGGAUGAGUUGAAAGUGCUGGUGGGAGGGGAGGGGGACGAAAGGCGGAGAGAAGGUCCAGACGCGCAGCCACAACGAUGCAUGUUAGUGAUGGUAGAAGAGCCAUCCUGUAAAAUCCAGGAUGCGGAAGACUGUGCCUCCUCGUGCCGGUCGCCGGUGCGAGCUCGAAUUUUUCCUUCCCUCCCUGCCACUCGUGCUUCAUCCAUUCCGUCCCCCUCCCCAUCCACUUCCAUCACCACACCCCACAGCUCCAGCCCAACGCACAGGGUCAAUUAUUAGACAGGGUCCAGCCCCUUCUCGCGUUGGGUCUCGCUCACCGUCCUUCCCGUCCAUCCAUCUCACCAUCCAACGGCCAGCAAGCGGGAUUCAUUUAUGGAGGCGCUUCUCUCUCGGUUGACCAUGGUGCUGCUCGCCCUGUUGUUCCUCACACACGGCGCCGUUCGCCAGCAGCAGUCCCCCCAAGAGCCCUGCAAGGAGGGCGACUCGUCGUGUCUCCUCAUGCGUGGCCUCCAAGUGUACGAUCCGUACCUCACCGACACAG